CUCAACCAAGCGCCACCACAUUACCAACAACAACUACAUCAAGAGGCUUCCAUCCUUCCGUCGGAGUCUAAUAAUCCACUAUAGUCUAUAUUCUGUCGACUGCUAAACUUCUAUCGUUUGUUUUCUUGAAUUCAUUACCAGAUGUUGCAUUUUGGUCUCACUUGUUGUAAAAGUUGACCUGAUUCAUUGGCUGUUUAAUUUUCAACUUGUCAUGUAACUUUUGUCACCUGUCAGUUGUUUCUCAAUGGCAAAUCAAUUCCUCGUCCUCAAAGCACCAUAGGGUUACCCUCCUUUAGAUUCUUCCGUUUGUUAUUUUUCUUUGUCUGACUUCUCAUUCUCUGAGAAAUGAUGGAGGAGACAUUUGUCCCUCUCCGCGGAAUCAAGAAUGAUCUAAAUGGAAGAUUGUUGUGUUACAAGCAAGACUGGAUUAGUGGAUUUAAAGCAGGUCUCAGGAUUUUGGCUCCCACCACCUAUAUAUUCUUUGCUUCAGCGAUUCCAGUCAUUUCAUUUGGCGAACAACUGGAGAGAAAUACCGAUGGAGUUCUAACAGCAGUUCAAACACUAGCAUCCACUGCACUCUGUGGAAUCAUACACUCCAUCAUUGGAGGUCAACCUUUGUUAAUAUUAGGAGUUGCAGAGCCUACUGUCAUUAUGUACACUUUCAUGUUUAACUUUGCCAAAGAAAGAAGUGAUUUGGGCCGCAAUUUGUUUCUGGCAUGGACAGGCUGGGUAUGUGUAUGGACUGCGCUCCUGCUAUUCUUACUAGCUGUACUAGGAUCCUGCUCCAUUAUCAAUAGGUUUACCCGCAUUGCAGGGGAAUUGUUUGGUCUACUUAUCGCGAUGCUCUUCAUGCAACAAGCUAUUAAAGGACUUGUGGAUGAAUUUCGCGUUCCAGAACGGGAAGAUCCUAAAUCGGUAGAGUUUAUACCUUCAUGGAGGUUUGCAAAUGGGAUGUUUGCUUUGGUUCUGUCAUUCGGUCUCUUGCUCACUGCACUACGAAGCAGAAAGGCAAGAUCCUGGCGCUAUGGGACCGGUUGGCUUAGAAGUUUGGUAGCAGACUAUGGUGUGCCCCUCAUGGUGCUAGUGUGGACAGCUGUUUCCUACAUCCCAGCGGGAAGUGUUCCUCAUGGAAUCCCUCGCCGCCUUUUCAGCCCAGAUCCCUGGUCCCCUGGUGCUUCUGAUAAUUGGACUGUUAUUAAGGACAUGCUGAAUGUUCCAAUUUUCUACAUAGUCGGAGCUUUUAUUCCUGCAACUAUGAUUGCUGUGCUUUACUAUUUUGAUCAUAGUGUAGCUUCUCAACUUGCUCAGCAGAAAGAGUUCAAUUUGAGAAAGCCAUCUUCUUACCACUAUGACUUGCUUCUUUUGGGGUUCUUGACUUUAAUAUGCGGCCUUCUUGGAAUUCCACCGUCAAAUGGAGUCAUUCCUCAAUCUCCGAUGCAUACAAAGAGUUUAGCCACUCUUAAGCAUCAGUUGCUUCGUAAUCGACUUGUUGCAACAGCUCGUCAAAGCAUAGGAAAGAAUGCCAGCUUGGGACAAUUAUACGGAAAUAUGCAAGAAGCUUAUCGACAAAUGCAGACUCCUUUGAUCUAUCAGCAGCCAUCUGAAGGUCUAAGAGAAUUUAAAGAAUCUACAAUCCAAGCAGCUUCUUGUAAUGGCAACAUCAAUGCGCCAGUUGAUGAGACAGUAUUUGACAUAGAAAAGGAGAUUGAUGAUCUAUUGCCUGUCGAGGUGAAAGAACAGCGUCUAAGCAACUUACUUCAAGCUACGAUGGUUGGAGGAUGCCUUGCAGCUAUGCCUAUUCUCAAAAAGAUCCCAACCUCAGUUCUUUGGGGUUAUUUUGCUUUCAUGGCUAUUGAAAGUUUGCCCGGAAAUCAAUUCUGGGAAAGGAUAUUGCUGCUUUUCACUGCACCAAGUAGAAGAUACAAGGUUCUUGAGGAGUAUCAUGCUACUUUUGUUGAAACGGUACCAUUCAAGACAAUUGCAACAUUUACCCUUUUCCAAACAACUUAUCUACUAAUAUGUUUUGGUUUGACUUGGGUUCCAAUUGCUGGUGUCAUGUUUCCUUUGAUGAUCAUGCUUUUGGUUCCAGUAAGACAAUAUUUCCUUCCUACAUUUUUCAAAGGAGCACAUCUUCAGGACCUAGAUGCAGCAGAAUACGAAGAGGCACCAGCUCUACCUUACAAUCUUGCAACUGAGGCUGAAUUGGGUGCUGGAGCUUUUCAGGCUGGAGAUGGAGAAAUUUUAGAUGAAGUUAUUACGCGUGGUCGCGGAGAGUUCAGGCAUAUAAGUAGUCCUAAAAUCACAAGCUCCACUGCAACACCUGCGAAUGAUCCUAAAAGCCAUCAAAGCCCUCAUCUACCUUAUACGUAUAGUCCUCGUGUAAGUGAACUGAGAGGAGCAUUAAGUCCUAAGGCAAGUGGAAAAGGGGCUAAGAGUCCAAGAAUUGGAGACGUAGGAUUAUCUAAGCUAGGGAAGAGUCCUUCAAAUUCUGAAAAAAACUAGUCAAGAAAAGAUAAUUUGAGUUUGAUUUGUAUUUUAGUAUGUAGCUUUGGAUUGCUUUGUGCUUUACUCCAUUUUAUUUUUCUGUGUGAGUUUGAGUUGCUGUAAAAUUUAUAACUUAACAAGUAUACUAAUAUAUAUUGUUUUUCUCA